CUGACUCACUCUCUCUCUCUCGUUUCUGUAUAGUAACAUGGAUUCCAUACUUAUCUGAAUCACAAAUCCCAUAAACCCUAGAUUAAACUAGAUUUCCUAUUUUAAUACCAAAAAUCUCAGAGCAAAAUUUUAAUAAAAUCCUGUUUUUUUGUUCUAAUUCCAGUAUCAUCCUUGGUCUCUAAGUAAUUCAAAGACAACCUUUAUUUUUCACUUGUUUUUCAAGCAGUUGUCAGGACCAUAAAAAGAAACACGAAAAAAGAUCAAUUUUUUGUCUCUUGUUUUGUAAUUUUAUUGUCGGUGUCGCUUAUUACGCCGUAGUUUUCACCAAUUACGGACCUGCUUUGUUCGAUGGUGGCCUUCACUCGUUCAUUGCUGUUGUUGUAUUGAUCUUAUUUCAUUUCUUGUUGGUUAUGCUGUUAUGGAGUUACUUAACUGUCGUUUUAACUGAUUCCGGUACUGUGCCGCCUAACUGGAAACCGGCUUGGGAUGAGGAAAGAGGGGAGGUUGACCCAUUGAAUGAGUCGGAGUUUGACGGUUUGCAGCCGGCCCUGUCAAGUCGAAGGAUUCGAUAUUGUCGGAAGUGCAACCAGUUUAAACCACCUCGUUGCCAUCAUUGUUCUGUUUGUGGGCGGUGUGUGCUAAAGAUGGACCAUCAUUGUGUAUGGGUUGUCAAUUGUGUUGGUGCAUUGAAUUACAAGUAUUUCCUUCUGUUCUUGUUCUACACAUUCCUCGAGACAAGUCUUGUGACGUUGGCCUUAUUCUCUCAUUUCUUAGCUUUCUUUAGCGAUGAAGAAAUUCCCGGAACUGCUGCCACCCUUGCUACAACUUUUCUGUCCUUCGUUUUGAAUCUGGCGUUUGCAUUGAGUGUCUUUGGGUUUUUGAUCAUGCACGUAUCUUUGGUGUCCGCUAACACCACAACUAUUGAGGCAUAUGAGAAGAAAACUACUCCGAAAUGGCGAUAUGACCUAGGCCAAAAGAAAAAUUUUGAACAGGUGUUUGGAACAGACAAGCGAUACUGGUUCAUUCCAGCUUACUCGGACGAGGAUUUACGACGAAUGGCAGCACUUCAGGGUCUUGAAUUCCCAUCGAACCCUGAUUUUGAUUCCGAGGAGUUCUAAAAAGUCCACAAUCAGGAAAUUGGAUAAAUUUUCUUGUAAUUAUAGAUACAGGAUGCCCUCCGACAUUGCUUCCUUGUUUUUGUACAGGUAUUCCGGCUCUAACUGUUCGUUUUCAUGUCACAUUUGUACAUGCUGACUGAAAAUAUAGAAGAAAAUGGUUUUGUAUUUCAAAUUUGCUUGAAUUGUUUGUAUUUGACACAAGUCCUAGAAUUACUCACAGUCUCUCCUCAACUUAUAAAUAGAAAGAUAAUGUGCUUUAACGCACUCAAAUUUA